GGGCAGUGAGCCCAGGUGAAACCUGCAUCUCCCCAAAAUUCUAAGACUUUGAAAGCCUUGCUGUGAGUGGGAUCUGAACAGUGUCUGAAGAGUAUGCAUUAAAGGAGCCGGGUUGCUGCAAGCCUGGAGCAGGAGCCCACACCCUGGAAAAUUCUGCAGUCUUUCAGCAUUCCCGCCCAAGGCGCCUAGCCCUGGGCUCUGAGUGAGCAAGCCAGCCAGCGAGCUCAAUGGCGCUCUUACAACUGCCUUCUGUUUACCUUUUAUGGUUAAAAUAACAGCUUCGCAAAGAAGCAACUUCACGGAGAAACGAUUCAGUGAAAUCAUCUCAAGCUGGAGCCGCACAGCGAGUUUAAUCACCCCUAGAGAGCUGAACAACUGUGAACACAAUGGGACACAAACUCAUUUUGAGAGAAGAAGCAUGUCCCGACUCUCUCUCACACGGUCCCCAGUCUCUCCCCUGGCAGCUCAGGGAAUCCCGCUCCCAGCUCAGCUCACCAAGUCCAACGCUCCCGUGCAUAUCGACGUAGGGGGACACAUGUACACCAGCAGUCUGGCUACCCUCACCAAGUAUCCGGACUCGAGGAUAAGUCGUCUAUUCAAUGGCACAGAGCCCAUCGUACUAGACAGUCUGAAGCAACAUUAUUUCAUUGAUCGGGAUGGGGAGAUAUUCAGAUAUGUCCUUAGCUUCCUGCGGACGUCCAAACUCCUGCUGCCAGACGACUUCAAGGACUUCAGCCUCCUGUAUGAAGAGGCACGUUACUACCAACUGCAGCCGAUGGUAAGGGAGCUAGACCGUUGGAAGCAGGAACAGGAGCAGCGGCGCCGUGGCCAGGCUUGUGAAUGCCUUGUGGUUCGUGUGACACCUGACCUUGGCGAGCGCAUUGCCCUCAGUGGGGAGAAGGCACUUAUCGAGGAAGUCUUCCCGGAGACCGGCGAUGUCAUGUGCAACUCUGUCAAUGCUGGGUGGAACCAGGACCCCACACACGUCAUCCGCUUCCCGCUGAAUGGAUAUUGCCGGCUCAACUCCGUACAGGUCCUCGAGAGACUGUUUCAGAAAGGCUUUAGCGUGGCCGCAAGCUGCGGGGGAGGGGUGGAUUCCUCCCAGUUCAGUGAAUAUAUGCUGUGUCGGCAGGACAGACGGCUUCAGCAGGCUCCAACUACAAUCCGGAUAAAGCAGGAGCCCCUGGACUAGGCCUGCCUUUGACAUCUUGGUGCUGAGCCCUCCCCAUGGGAGGCACCAAGGGGGUCGGAAAACAGUGUUAGCAACUUGGGUGUGGAGCUCCUUGGCCAGUUAGGGGUGGUCACCCAGUCAGUCCUCAUUGUAAAGCCCCGGAGCAUGCCUGGCAGAUGGACAGGAGGCUUUGCGGGAAGGUGAUUGAAUGCAAUUUCUUCUCAGCGGCGGUGGCUUUGGACCUAACCAGCACUUAGCCAGUGCUGGAGGGGUGUUUGAUUGGGCUUUGGUGACAGGACCUGUGUGGAAGGAGCCCAGUCGACAGCCUUCUGGAACACCCAUCCCCCUCCUGACCUGGUGCCAAAGGCCCUGGGAGGGGCUGAGGCCAGUGUGACACUGUGCUGAAUGUUGCCUCAUCUGAGGCAUCACGUCUCGCCUGACGUGCUCCACAUCUCCAUGCGUGUGUCUGACGUCUGUGAUUGUUCAUGCUAGUAAAUGGCUUAUUUUUCUACAAUAUUUAAAAUGAAAGUGGCUUCUCUGCCGAGGUUAGAGAAACAGACAAGGACCGAUGCAUAUUUAUCUGGUGCUCAAUACUUUAAAAAAAAAAAAGGAAACUGUCAGUGUGACUAAUUGUGGACUAUUUUCAAAAGUAAGAUCCACCUUGGGAGCAGCCCCAACCCCAGGACAAGACCCCCAAAACCAAGGCCAAAGUAUGGAAGCUUUUGUAUUAGCAAAACAGACCAAGGAAGAUGCCAGCCCUGUCUCCCCCAUUCCCCACUUUCUUGUAUGUGUAGGCAUCUCAGGUCUGGUGCCCCUGCAGGGGUGAGGGAGGGGGGGUCAGCACAUGCUCUGUCUGGAGCUUUAGAAAAAGAGCCACCCUUCAUGCUCUUACACUGCAGGACAGGACAUGUCUUUGUUUCUUCUUUCUCUGUUAAUUUAAAAGUAUUUUUGAAAUACUGAUGGCAAACUUGCCCUUCUGCUGUGUGUCUGUCUCUUAAGGGAAGGUCUCUCCUAUUGCUUUCAUUUGGCCCCUACAAUGUUUCUUUAAUGAAAACAGUUAUCAUCUCUUCUGACUUAAGCAGCAGCCGCUUCUGUAACUCAGGAGACAGCGCUGUGUUUGCAGGUGGCAGCCUAUAAAUAGCGUUCUGUGAAAUCCUACUCAUUGCUGUGUGGCGUGAUUGGAGGCCUCAGUCACUAAUUCGUGCGCUAAUAACAAUUUAGUUUCUCCCACAUUAAUUUAUAGAAUCCUGUUGUAGACACUGAAUUUUAAUUAAACUGUUCUUAGACAAACGUGGUCAUUAAGGAGAGGGACUGAGCUCUUCUGGUGAUCUGGGGCCCCUCAGUCCAGACAAUGAAUUCAACAGAAACAUAGACCCAGAACGGAAACAAAUGAGCCCAUUGGGGGCCUGAUCCCUCCCUUGUGCAAACAGGUACUGAGCCAGGCUGGUCUGGUGUUUGGGGGGCUUUAAAGCUAAGCUGUUCCUUCUUUGAUUUUAUAUAGUGUGACACUUUAUACACUCACUGAUGGAAAAAGCUACCCCGUCCUGCCAUAUCUGAACAGAUAUCUGUAAGAUACCUGUAGAAUUGUAUAUUAUGCAUUUAAUAUUGUAAAGAUCCUAAUGUAUAUUGUCGUGUAUUCCUUACACAGUACUUCAUGCCAUAAACAUUUCUCUAAUGGACUGAAAUGCAGUCCUGAGGAUUAACCCUUGUCUCCCAUGUUCUGUCCCAGAGAUAAGUUUGGGUUGAAUUUCCUGAGAUUUGUUUGGUCUAACCAGAGAAAUAAUUGGCUUCAUCCAACCGCUGGGGUGGGGGGGGGGAGAGUUGUGUUCUUGGUGUAAUUUCCUAGGCCUGAGUGUUUAUGUGCACUUCAGUCUAGUUCCUUCAUUCCAGUCACACCCCUCCUAUCUUGUGGUAAAGAGGUGCUCAAUUCUAGUCUUGGUCUUUAAAGGAAACUCCAGGAAACUGUAACGGUUAAAUACAUCUCAUCAGUACCUCAUUUUGGAAAAGCAAAUGGAAACCCAGGCUGAAAACAACAGGCAGAAAACCUUUGCAGGGUAUUUCAUUUUUUAAACUAAGUUACAAAUGUUUGGGUUUUGUUUUUCCUCUACUUCUUUCUAUUGGUGUUGACAGUAUUUUUAUGGCCCUACAGAGCAGUUGCUUAGAGCCACGUGCGAAGGCAUAGAAUGAAGCCUCACGGGCCCAGUCAGGUGAGUCAGUGCACACAUACUGUGCAUAUGGUUUGGCCCUUAUUGCCCCAACAUUAGCUGCAAGCAGCCCUAACAAGGGAGAAGAGGUAGGGAAGCAAUUACUCCGUUAGGAGAAGUACAUUUUUUUUUCCAAGGAAAAAUGUUUAAACUAGGAUAUGGUCAUUUAGCUAGCAGUUCUGGUCACUGAUUUUGAAUGCUUUUGUAUUUUUUUAUUUUUAAGAGGGUUUUUUUUAUUUUAAAUCUCCAUUUUCCCCCACCCCACCCCCCUCCCUUUCCUGUUCUAACAGCCACGCCCACCAGAGCAAAUUUCCACCUUUAUAAUAGCUGUGCUCAGUGAUAGCAGCACAGACUGAAUUAGGAGCCUUGCUCCCUGCCUGUUAACACAAAAACAGCCAGCACCUCCAGGAAAGGACAGUAUAGACUGGAGUGCUAUUCUGAAGAGCCCACAGUAAUUGAAAUUCUUCAGAAAAAUCUAAUUUUCUUCACAAAAUUGUUGGGAUUUUCUUUUUACUCAACAACAAAACUCUGGUUUCCAUAUCUCCCAUCUCUUGGCUCCAGUAUCUGACAGAAGAAGAAGGGAGUGGAGAACGUUAGGCCAUGCUUAUUGGAUGGAGAGCUGCAGAGAAGGCAGCACUGUGUCUUCCUUGACUUUUCUGGCACCCAACUGUGUUGGUGAUUUUGUGAGACCAUAUCUGGCCUAGAGAAAGACUUAAGCACAACAGAACUUCAACCACUAUAGGUUUGAGGGUUGUUAUUAUGUUGUGGUUAUUGUCUUAAUAUUUUGAUGCAAAAAUGUUUCUGACCAGUGAGUAAAAUAACAAAAUGUGAUACAAAAUCAUCAUU